UGAGGGUGCAGUGACGUAGGCGUAGAGUCUACUGCUGCUGACUUGUGUUGUGGAGCAGCAGCAGCAGCAGCAGCAGAAACAUGGCAAAAUCUGGCAGCGGAGAUGAAAACGUUCCUCCGUCGCCAAGCAAACGUUCGGCCAAGCAGAUAAACGCCGUGGACGAGCUGGUGCAGUCAGUAACCCUGCACGCGCCCCGGCCGCUGCUGCUGCACGGCUACGUGUUCCCGUUCCUGGUCUUGUACCCUGCGUGGCUGUACGGCUGGCUGUUUGUGUACGGAAUCGACGAUCACGUCGAGGCGGGGUUCACCGGUUUGGCUGGACUGGGAGUCCUCCAGGUCUUGAUAUGCCUUUGCUGCCACUGGUCCGUGCACGUGCGGUGUUUCCUGACUUGCGGAUCGGUGAAAGACGCACUACAAGCUGAAGUUGCAAAAGUAGUGCCGACAGACAACAAUGGAUCUUCAGAACUCAUAAAAGUUCAUCAUUUCAAAGAUGAUGACAAAAAUGAUAGUUUAUGGUUUGUCUUUCAAAAGACAAAGUAUGUGUGGGACCAUGAAAGAAAAUGCUUCCAAGGUUUACGGUUCCCAGUGGACCUUAGCUUUUCAACAUAUAUGGAAUGGAAAGGUUAUCAGGAAGAAUCUGAUAUUCAGAAGGCAGAAAGCUUUUAUGGAAGAAAUCACCUAGAUAUGGUAGUGCCUGAGUUCUCAGAACUCUUUAAAGAACGUGCAACUGCUCCAUUUUUUGUUUUUCAAGUAUUUUGUGUGGCAUUGUGGUGCCUUGAUAAGUAUUGGUACUAUUCAAUCUUUACCCUUAUCAUGCUUGUAUUGUUUGAAUGCACACUUGUUCAGCAACAAAUGCGAAAUAUGGCAGAAAUUCGCAAGAUGGGUAACAAACCAUAUUCUAUUCAGGUUUACCGCAACCGUCGAUGGAGACAAAUUUUGAGUGAUCAACUUGUUCCCGGGGAUAUAGUGUCCAUUGCAAGAUCUCAGAAUGACAAUUUUGUGCCUUGUGAUAUGCUGCUUUUGAGAGGUCCGUGUAUUGUAGAUGAGAGCAUGUUGACUGGAGAAAGUGUACCUCAGAUGAAAGAGCCAAUAGAAAAUAUUAUGGAUUUGAGUCAGCCCUUAGACCUUGAGGCAGAUGGCAAAUUGCACGUUCUUUUUGGUGGUACCAAGGUGGUUCAGCAUACACCACCCAGUAAAACAUCUGCUGGCCUCAAAGCUCAAGAUAAUGGCUGUGUGGCAUAUGUUCUUAGAACAGGAUUUAACACUUCUCAGGGAAAACUUCUCCGCACAAUCUUAUUUGGUGUCAAACGUGUCACAGCUAACAAUUUGGAAACAUUUGGAUUCAUCAUGUUCUUGCUGGUAUUUGCACUAGCUGCUGCUGGUUACGUUUGGGUGAAAGGUUCUGAAGACCCCAAGCGCAACCGUUAUAAACUGUUUUUGGAGUGUGCUCUAAUCUUAACUUCAGUUGUGCCUCCAGAGUUGCCAAUUGAAUUGUCCCUUGCUGUUAAUGCUUCAAUUCUUUCACUUUCAAAGCUAGCUGUUUACUGUACUGAGCCUUUUCGUAUACCAUUUGCGGGAAAAGUUGAAAUUUGUUGUUUUGACAAGACUGGAACUUUAACUAGUGAUAAUCUAGUUGUUGAAGGAAUAGCUGGUCUCAAAGGACGUUCUGGCGUGGUUGCAAUAUCAGAUGCUCCCUUGGAAACAAUACAGGUUCUAGCAACAUGCCAUGCACUUGCACAGCUCGAUGAUGGUUUGGUGGGAGAUCCUCUUGAGAAAGCCACUCUGACAGCAGUGGACUGGAAUCUUACUAAAGGUGAUGCAGUUAUUCCAAAAAAAGGAAAGUCUCCAGGGAUCAAAAUAUUCCAUAGACACCACUUUUCAUCUGCUUUAAAACGUAUGUCAGUUGUUGCUGGGUACACUCUUCCUGGUAGCACUGACACAACUUACAUAACAACUGUUAAAGGAGCUCCAGAAACAAUCAGAGAUAUGCUUGCCUCUGUUCCUGAAGAUUACAACAAAGUCUAUUUGGAACUAUCAAGACGUGGUGCUCGUGUUCUUGCUUUAGCUUGGAAAGAGCUUGGUCGCCUAACCCAGGGUCAGGCACGCGAUUUAAAACGAGAAGAGCUAGAAAGAGAAUUAAAUUUCGCUGGAUUUGUCAUUAUAUCAUGCCCCCUAAAGACCGAUUCUAAAAGGGUCAUCCAGGAGAUUCAAAAUGCUUCACAUAAAGUUGUUAUGAUAACUGGUGAUAAUCCAUUAACUGCUUGUCAUGUUGCCAAAGAACUGAAGUUUGCAUCCAUAGGAGAAACUCUUAUUCUGACCUUAUCAGCUUCCAACGAGUGGAUUUGGGAGAGCAUUGACCAGACCAAAAGUGUUUCAUUGGCAAAGAGCUUACAAGAUGGAAAAUUUGUUAAGUCUUAUGACCUAUGUGUGACAGGAGAGGGGCUUUCAUACCUUUUUGAAAAUCAUGAAAAGUUUUGGUAUUCUAUUUUACCACAUAUUCAAGUCUUUGCACGUGUUGCCCCUAAACAAAAAGAAAUGGUUAUUGUAGGUCUCAAGUCACUAGGCUUUUGCGCUCUUAUGUGUGGUGAUGGAACCAAUGAUGUAGGAGCUUUAAAACAUGCCCAUAUUGGUGUUGCAAUCCUCACUAAUGCUCCAGAACGACUGCCAAGCAGAAAAGAUAAGGAAAAGAAAAGAAGAGAAAUUGAAGGUAUUGACCACUCGUCUCAUGAGAGAAGUCAUGGACCUCUUGAAAGAGCUGGACCUCAAAGACCGGGGCCCCGUCAGAUGACAGACCCUCGUCAGGCUGCACUUAAUAAAGCUCAAGAACAAAUACAAAAGUUAUUGAAGGAAGUAGAAGAAAUGGACCAACCACAGAUAGUAAAACUUGGUGAUGCUAGUAUUGCUGCACCAUUCACUAGCAAACUUUCUUCCAUUCUAUGCAUUUGUCACAUUAUUAAGCAGGGGCGCUGCACACUUGUUACAACUCUGCAAAUGUUUAAGAUUCUUGCCUUAAACGCUCUAAUCCUUGCAUACAGCCAGUCCGUACUGUAUGUUGAUGGCAUCAAGCUCAGUGACAUGCAGGCAACACUUCAAGGUCUUUUGCUUGCCACAUGUUUCCUCUUCAUUUCAAGAUCCAAGCCUCUUAAGGUGCUUUCAAAAGAAAGACCUCUCUCAAAUAUUUUUAACUUUUACACUGUGUUGACAGUCCUUGGCCAAUUUGCUGUCCACUUUGUGUGUCUCAUUUAUUUAGUUCAGGAGGCAACUCUUCGUUCUCCUCCAAGGGAUGGAAAAAUAACUUUAAAUAUGGAUCUUGAUGAUGAUGCUCCUCAAGAAUUUGUUCCCGGCAUUCUUAACAGCACUGUUUACAUAAUAUCUAUGGCCCUGCAAGUUGCCACAUUUGCCAUAAACUAUAGGGGACAUCCAUUUAUGGAGAGCUUGAAAGAGAAUCGCCCUCUCAUGUUCAGUGUAUUGGGCUCCACUGCAUUUAUAUUUGCUUUGGCAUUAGGUGUAUUCCCAGAAGUAGCUCAACAGUUUGAAAUAGUUGACUUCCCAUUAGAGUUCCGAAUCAUUCUGGUUCAAGUACUUUGUGCUGAUUUUGCUUUGUCCUACAUAGUUGAUCGAGCUUGCUUAUGGUUCUUUGGAGAAGGACAACUUACCAUUAAGUAAUC